CGUUAGCGAUUCAUACAAUCUGGGAACGUACGUGUCAGUCUCUUUGCUGUUCGGCACCGAAAACUAAGUUGGCUACUAGUUGAAGUUGCGAGCCAUGGCACCCAAAGGCACCAACAAACAGCAGUCCGAGGAGGAUCUUCUGCUUCAAGAUUUUAGCAGAAAUCUCUCUGCCAAAUCGACAGCUCUUUUCUACGGCAAUGCCCUGAUUGUUUCCGCUAUUCCUAUUUGGUUAUUCUGGAGGAUCUGGCACAUGGACCUUGUGCAGUCUGCUGUUCUCUACGGUGUUAUGACUCUCGUCAGCACAUACUUGGUGGCCUUCGCUUACAAGAACGUGAAAUUUGUUCUCAAGCACAAGGUUGCCCAGAAGCGGGAGGACGCUGUGUCUAAGGAGGUGACUCGCAAGCUGUCUGAGGCUGACAACAGGAAGAUGUCCCGCAAAGAGAAGGAUGAGAGGAUCUUGUGGAAAAAGAAUGAGGUUGCUGAUUAUGAGGCCACCACCUUCUCCAUCUUCUACAACAACACCCUCUUCCUGGUCCUGGUCAUCGUAGCCUCCUUCUUCCUGCUCAAGAACUUCAAUCCCACUGUUAAUUACAUUCUGUCCAUCAGUGCCUCCUCUGGUCUCAUCGCCCUGCUGUCUACCGGAUCCAAAUGAGUGAAUGAACAAGCAAGCAGGAGAGUUGGAACCACAAGGAAAAGAAGAGAAAAGGAAUUGGGGGAGGGUGGGGGGAUUGGGAUUGGGAUUGGGAUUGGGACGGAGUUGGGGGGGUUGUGUGAGGAGGGGCAAAGACGUGACGCCGGGUUGGACAUUUAUCAUUUCUGUUGUGCAUGACAUUUUUCAUGAAAUUCAUGAUGCCAUCUGUGGAGGUUCUUUCUGACCUCCGCCAUUCUCUUUUUAUACAAAUUAAAGAUGAUGGACCUGGA